AUGGACUCAGACCACAGCGAGAGCGAGUUUUAUUACCCUGAUGAGGUGGGCGAGGCCAGGAAAAUUGAAGAAAUACCGGCAGACGAGCUUAGCAUCUUGAGAUGUCGGUUCCUGAUAGUGAUAAAGAAGAAAGAUAGCGGAUCGUAUGAGCCGGCAACGCCACAAUCAUUUCAAAGAAGCCUGCGACGAUAUCUAAACGACAAGAACUCCAAACUGAACAUUCUCAAAGACCGAGAAUUCCUUAAGUCCAGGGAAGUUCUUCUCUCCAAAAAGAAACAGCUGGUUUUUGAAGAAGCGAAAGGAAAUAGCCCUCACGCUGCAAAAGAACUAUCCAACGCCGAAGAAGAUUUAUUGUUUCGCACCUGUAAAUUCGGCGCUGAAAACCCUGAAGCCCUCCAACGCACAGUUUGGUGGUUACUGGCACUGCACUUUAGAUUCCGUGCCCGAGACGAAAGCAGGAAACUAAAAUGGGGCGACAUUGUUCUUCAAACAGACAGCGGAACAGGCAAGGAAUUUCUGAUUUGGAAAUCAGAAAGAGGAUCCAAGACCCGCCGCGGCAAUGGUGAUACACGAGCAUUUAUUCCAACCGCGCAGGCAACAAACAACGAACGUUGUCCAGUUUUCUAUUACAAGGAAUUCAAGAGUCACCGUCCAGAAGAAAUGAAUAGCGCUGACAGCCCGUUUUACUUGGCCAUAAAUUAUCGGCGACGACCUGGCAGCAACAUCUGGUACAUGAGGGCACCACUCGGCAAAAACGAGAUUUAUAAGCUGAUGAAAACAGCUGCGCAAUCAGCAGGCUUGCAGGGAAAUUUUAACAAUCACACUGUUCGAAAAACUUGUAUAUCUCGCCUGAUGGAUGCAGAGGUUCCCUUAAAUUACGUCGCUCAAUUAAGCGGGCACAGAAAUUUGAAGAGCCUCGAUUCUUACAAAGCAGCGUCCGCCGACCAUCAGCGGAAAAUGUCCUUAAUUUUAAGCAGCUCCGGCCAAGAAAGUAUUCAGACAUCGACAAUAAGCGUCCACGAGAACGCCACUUUGCCGGCGAAUCUUCCCAAAGAUGUCAGUAAAUUAGAAGUUUUCUCAGGCGCUUGCUUGCAUCGGGAAAAUUGA